AGGAUCCCAGUUCGAGCCCCCGGCUCCCCACCUGCAGGGGAGUCGCUUCACAGGCGGUGGAGCAGGUCUGCAGGUGUCUGUCUUUCUCUCCCCCUCUCUGUCUCUCCUCCUCUCUCCAUUUCUCUGUGUCCUAUCCAACAAUGAUGACAUCAAUAGCUACAACAACAAUAAAAAACAGUAAGGGCAACAAAAGGGAACAUAAAUAAAUAAGAAUGUAUCCCUUAAAAAAAAAAAAAAAGAGAGCCUUCCACUCAGGCAGUCCGAGCAGAGCGGCAGCCAUGGCCGUGCGCUACCCGAUGGCCAUCGGUCUCCACAAGGGCUACAAGGUGACCAAGAACGUGAGCCAGCCGAGGCACAGCCGCCGGUGCGGGCGCCUCACCAAGCACACCAAGUUCCUGUGGGACACAAUCCGCGAAGUGUGCGGCUUCACCCCGUACAAGCGCCGUGCCAUGGAGCUGCUCAAGGUCUCCAAGGACAAGUGCACGCUCAAGUUCAUCAAGAAGCGGGUCGGGACCCACAUCUGCGCCAAGAGGAAGCGCGAGGAGCUGAGCAACGUGCUGGCCGCCAUGCGCAAGGCUGCAGUCAAGAAGGACUGAGCCCCCCCGCACCCCUCCCCAAUAAACGCUGCGUGUCUCUCGGUCAAAAAAAAGAAAGAAAGAAAGACUUUUCAGUGAAGGGAAAAGGCCUGGCCAGUGGUCCUGCACCCUAACCCGGCUCCCACACGAAGGACACCCCAAGUCCAGCCUUUUGAGUGUGCCCUCUGAGCCCUCCCCUUUGCCUUGCGUGACUCUGUGCCCAGACACACCCCUGCAAGUGGAUGCCCAGCAUCGCACGGAGUUGACAGUGUUCUGGGCUGCCGAUACUGCUGUUACAG